UGCUCCGGUGUCCGGACUCCGAGUCCAGUCGUACAAGAGGUUGAGCUUGGCCGCCCGGCGUUCCCUCACCUCUGCCCCUUAUCCGUCCGAUAGCGCAAACCCACCCUCCGUACGAUGCGCCUUCGAAAAGCAGCUCGAGUGAUCCUUGUAGGGGCACCAGGCGUAGGGAAAGGAACACAGUCAGAACGGCUUCUCCAAAGAUUUCCGCAGCUCUCCUCGAUCAGCUCCGGAGAUUUACUUCGGCACAAUGUCAAGCAACGGACACCCCUCGGAAUCAAGGUCGAGAGCACCAUGAAAGCCGGCGGGCUCGUCCCGGACGACCUCAUCCUCCGACUCAUCAGCAACGAGCUUAAUCAACGAGGGUGGAUCUACUCGAGCCACCCAGCCAGCAACAUCAUGACCCUCUCGUCCUCCGCCAUCGGCACUGCCGACUCGGCGCGACCCUUCGAAGACGACGCCGAAGUCGCCGCCUUCCUGUCCUCACCGGCACACGCCCGUGGCUACGGCCGUCGCAUAAACGAAGACCCCUCGGCGUCCUUCCUCCUCGACGGCUUCCCGCGCACGGCGGCGCAGGCCGACCGGCUCGACCAGAUCGUGCCCAUCAACCUGGUCGUGUCGAUCAAGACGCCGCUCGAGGUCAUCAUGGAGCGCAUCAGCGGCCGGUGGGUGCACGAGCCGUCGGGGCGGGUGUACAACACCACGUUCAACGCGCCGAAAGUGCCCGGGCGCGACGACGUCACGGGCGAGCCGCUCGUGCGCAGGGCCGACGACAGCGAGGAGACGUAUCGCACCAGGUGGAAGAAGUUCCAGGAGACCAGCGAGCCGCUGCUGGCGCACUACGCCCGCAAGGGGGUGCUGUGGGAGGUGCAGGGGAUGAGCAGCGACGAGAUCACGCCGAAGCUAUUCCGGGAGUUUGAGCGGCGGUUUGUCGAGUAGGAUUUCCAUUCCGACCGUGUCAGACUUCUUUUUGAUCGUUUCUGGGGUUCCUUGUAGAACUGGCCAGUGGUACGUGUAUGCUGAACGGGCGAUGCAUGAUGGCGGAUCGCUGCUUAUGGGAAGGCGCCAGGCGUUUUACGGGGAAGGCAAGUUGCGGCUACCAUCCUAGGUUUGGAUUACUACUCCUGCGAGUACUAUGGAGGCCUAUUCUGCGUUGUUCAACACUCAGUGGCCGAUACUACCUGAUAU